GGAGGCGCGUCUUCAGGGGCGGGCGGCGGGAUUAGCUCAUCUCGGCGGAGGCAGAGCAGCGGCUCGUCCGCGGCAGCCUGGUUUCCCGCACCUCGUCGCUUCGCAGCGCCCCUCUGCUGAGCGCCGGCGGCUGGCGAGCGCGGAGCUCGUUGGAUUCACCCCCUCCCCCCCGCCUCUCGUGCUUCUUCUCCGAUGGCUGUGUGCAAUGGAGACGCCAAGUUGGAGAAUACUGGAGGAGAUCUCAAGGAUGGUCUCUGCCGUUACGAGGGAGCUGUAGUCAUACUUGAUGCUGGAGCUCAGUAUGGGAAAGUGAUCGAUCGCAGAGUCAGAGAACUGUUCGUCCAAUCGGAGAUCUUCCCUUUGGAAACACCAGCCUUCGCCAUAAAAGAACAAGGAUUCCGGGCUAUCAUUAUAUCUGGAGGACCAAAUUCUGUUUACGCUGAAGAUGCACCCUGGUUCGACCCAGCAAUAUUUACAAUCGGCAAGCCGGUUCUUGGAAUAUGCUAUGGCAUGCAGAUGAUGAACAAGGUAUUUGGGGGUACGGUUCACAAAAAAGACGUUCGAGAAGAUGGAGUCUUCAGCAUCACUCUGGAUAACACCUGCUCACUGUUCAGAGGGCUACAGAAGGAAGAGGUUGUGCUCCUUACCCAUGGAGACAGCGUAGAUAAGGUGGCUGAUGGAUUCAAAGUUGUUGCACAGUCUGGAAAUGUUAUAGCAGCUAUAGCAAAUGAGUCUAAAAAACUGUAUGGAGCACAAUUCCAUCCUGAAGUUAGCCUUACUGUAAAUGGAAAAGCAAUGCUGAAAAACUUCCUUUAUGAAAUUGCUGGGUGCAGUGGCACCUUCACAGUUCAGAACCGAGAAUUGGAGUGUAUUCAAGAUAUCAAAACCAAAGUGGGUUCGUCAAAGGUCCUGGUUUUACUCAGCGGAGGCGUGGACUCAACAGUAUGUACUGCUUUACUGAAUCGUGCUUUGAACCAAGAUCAGGUGAUAGCAGUGCACAUAGAUAAUGGAUUUAUGCGCAAGAGGGAGAGUCAGUCAGUGGAGGAGGCGCUCAAGAAGUUGGGAAUUCAAGUCAAAGUGGUAAACGCAGCUCAUUCGUUCUACAACGGUACAACAACCCUCCCUAUUUCUGAGGAAGACAGAACUCCACGAAAAAGGAUCAGUAAAACGUUGAAUAUGACUACUAGUCCUGAGGAAAAAAGAAAAAUUAUUGGUGACACCUUUGUUAAGAUUGCAAAUGAGGUCAUCGGAGAAAUGAACCUAAAACCUGAAGAAGUCUUCCUUGCUCAGGGAACCUUAAGGCCCGACCUUAUCGAAAGUGCUUCCAUUGUUGCUAGUGGCAAAGCUGAGGUCAUCAAAACUCAUCACAAUGACACAGAACUCAUCAGAAAGUUGAGAGAAGAGGGCAAAGUAAUAGAACCACUGAAGGAUUUUCACAAGGAUGAAGUCCGGGUGCUUGGACGAGAACUGGGUCUGCCUGAAGAGCUAGUCUCAAGACAUCCAUUCCCAGGUCCUGGCCUUGCGAUUCGGGUAAUAUGUGCUGAAGAACCAUACGUUUGCAAAGACUUUCCUGAAACUAAUAACAUUUUGAAAAUCAUCGCAGACUUUUCUGCUAGUGUUAAAAAGCCACAUACCCUGUUGCAGAGAGUCAGAAGUUGUACAACUGAAGAGGACCAGGAGAAACUGAUGCAAAUCACAAGUCUACAUUCGUUGAAUGCCUUCUUGCUGCCAAUCAAAACGGUGGGAGUCCAGGGCGACUGCCGUUCCUACAGCUACGUAUGUGGUAUAUCCAGUAAAGAUGCUCCACACUGGGAGUCCCUUAUGUUCCUAGCCAGACUCAUACCACGCAUGUGUCACAACAUAAAUCGAGUUGUCUAUGUCUUUGGCCCACCAGUUAAAGAACCUCCCACAGAUGUUACUCCAACUUUCCUGACAACAGGAGUCCUUAGCACAUUGCGGCAAGCUGAUUUUGAGGCUCAUAAUAUUCUCAGGGAAUCUGGUUAUGCUGGAAAAAUCAGCCAGAUGCCAGUCAUCUUAACACCAUUGCAUUUUGACCGAGAUCCCCUACAGAAGCAGCCUUCCUGUCAAAGAUCAGUUGUUAUUCGAACCUUUAUAACUAGUGACUUCAUGACCGGCAUUGCUGCAACUCCUGGAAAUGAGAUACCAGAAGAGGUUGUGCUGAAGAUGGUGACAGAGAUUAAGAAGAUUCCUGGCAUCUCCCGGGUGAUGUAUGACUUGACUUCAAAACCACCAGGAACAACUGAGUGGGAGUAAUUAUUUUCCCCCCUCAAUGAAAGUACUGUAUGCAGUUUUAAAUUAUAUCAGAAAAAAAAAAACCAUUCCCAGUUUUGACAUGCAGUACUGUGAAAAGAGUGACUGGAGCUGCUGCUACAUCACAUGUGAUUCCCCCCCCCCCCCUUCUGUCCUGGAAAAUAAUCUGCAAAUUAAGAGUGACGAUGUGAGGGUGGGGGCGGGGUGUAAGGUAAGUGGGACUGAGGACAUGUACGGGUAAUUAGGGCAGUCUUGCCUACUACGUGCAGAUAGAUUUCAUACUGCUUUGUCCCCCCUUUUUUCCGUCUCUUCGUUUUUGGUCUCAUUGACUUUUCCUGUUUCAUUUCCCCCCCGCCCCCGCCACGUGUUUUAUUACUGUCGUUUUGGUGUCUCUUUUUAAUUUUUUUUAAUGUAUACUUUGUAAAAAGAGACAGUUUAUUUACAUUUAUCAAAACCAUUGUUAGAGCUUAUUAAUAAUGUAAAAUGGAGGUUAAAAAAAGUGACCAACUGCUUUUGACACAGAUUUAUUAUAAAUAAAUAUUUUGCCAAAUGGACUAGUGGUAUUGUUGAGUUGUAGAAUUAAUGUGUAUUUGUUCACUGUGUGUUGUAAAUCCUGUUCCAUAUCAUUUGGAGUAUUACGCCCAUGGCAAUAAGCAUGGAAAUUCUGAACAGCUCAUUUUACUAGCCGCAUUUUUUCCUCCUCUUCUUUUGCCUUCGUUUUCCUCUUCCGUAACAUUUUUUUUUAAAAAAAGGUUUUGUUAAGAAUGUAAAAGCAUGCAGUUUCCCCACCAUUGAGUGACAUCUAUAUUUAAUGUACAUUAAAGAGAGACAGAUAUGAAUUAUGUAUACAUUUGAAAAAGUGUCUCAUUGCUUAGACAAACUCUGAAUGGCUAGAAAUGGCCUUUGUAGCCGUCAUAAUCUUUGUGACCUUAUUCCAUUGUUUUGUUUCAUUUUGAAUUCUUAUCAAUUGUUUCUCUGAUUCCUGUCAGUUUUGUUAGAUGCUUUAGAAAGGUAUGGGACAUUUUGCUUUUAUAAAGUCCCUCACAAAGUGUAUUAAAAUAUUUAUACUGAUUGGCUGACCUGGACUUGAAAGCCCAUUUGAAUAUAAAUUCGUUUUAUCAUCACUACUACUUAAGGGGUAGCUAACAAAUAGCCUGCACUCACUUAAAGCUGCCUCUGGCAGCAUACUGUCAGUGUAGUGGGGUAGUAGAAAAGCACUUUUUUAUUCCUAGACGUUAACCCCCUCUAGGGAUGCAUGUUUCCCAUUCAAUCUCCCAUUCUGCAUACCUCCCUAGUUCAGCAGGGCAGUGUCAGAUCAGUGCAAUUUUAGCCAUCAUGGUUUGUAAUAAAGAGAUUAAGCUGCCCAGUAUAAUUGCACUGAUUAACCGAAUACAGGCAGCCAUUUUGCUAUGCAAAGGCUGCUUGUAAAUUCACUGCAAGAUAGUUACAACUGAGCAAAGAGGUGCUACUUGACGCAAAGUUCAGUGACAAAAUUAUUCCAAUUCAUGAUGAGGCUGCCAUCAUUGUGAAAAUUAGAAAGUCCUGACUGGAUAGGAAUAUCUGGGCCAGCUCCUUCCUGAAUGAUGUUCCCCCUCCCCUCCCCUCCUGCACACACCAGGAUACUUGGUACAUGAUCUGAGUUGAGAGAAAGAGAGAAAGUUGGAGUGGUUACGAAUCCAUUUUGCCCUACUUGAAAUUUGCUAGGCUUCAUGUCUUUAAUAGGAAACAUUUGUUCCUGGUGUUUUAACAGGGCAAGGAGAGGGGUGGGGUUUUCUCUUAGUGUAUUGAUUACUCUGCUGUGCCUUUCCUGAUUUUGCAACCUGCAUUUGAGUGCUCUGGGUGAGCUGGUGUAGACAUUUGGGAGUGGAGUAGGUUGAUGAUGUACACUUCAUCCAGCUCGUGGAGGGUGGUGGGUGAGGACCAGCUAAUUGGGAAAUGUAAAUUGAGAACUUUUAACAGUGUUUGGCUCCCUCUGGCCAUUUAGGUAUUGGAGAUCGCCUGGUCCAUUUACUGUGCCUCAGACUUGAGGUUAUAGUUGUUGACAGCAGCACUUGCUUAAGUUUAAAUGUUGCCUUUAAACUGGUGUUUCAGAUUAUAUAAUGUGUAACAUCGUUAUUGCAUAUGAUGCAACAAAGAAACAGAAGAUAACAAUACAUAACCAUAGCAGCCAGAGGUUUAAUUAUGCAGUGCCACUGUGGAUGGUAACGUUUGCAACUGGAGUUUGAAUGCGGUUUUCAUAUUCGCAACAUUGGGUGCAUACGCAAUAAAGUCUUAAUAGAAUUUGUGUUUUAACAUUAACAAACGUGCACAUUUGGUCUCCUCUGCAUUAUUUGUUUGCUUUUAUUUAAGAGGUUUGGGGAAUAAAACAGUUUGGCAAAAGGUUCCUAAUUUCAUAAAGGAAAUUAUGAUACAACCAGAAGUAACUCUGUUGCACAUAAGAUGUCAGUACAUUGUGAGUGAAUUGUUAAAUUUUAAUCCAAAUCCCAGUAUUGUAAGGAACAGGUUUUUCUUUUCUUGGUGAUCCACACAUUGUCUUCUUGGUUUGGGAGGAAAGUAGAGCGUACCUUUGGAUUGCCAUCUUUACAGUUUUUGAAUGUAUUCCAUGGUGUUAAUUCAUAUAAUCUCAGCCAGAUGCAGAUACACAGACAAUUGUCUUCUUGUGGUCCAGAAGGGAAUGUAACAUGUAGCUUAUGAAUGCAGUUGCUCUUGAUGUUCACCCUCUAGUCUCCAGUAAGACAUGUCAACAUUUUCAAAGGAAUUUGUAUAGGGAAUAAUUCCUAGCAUUAUCAUUUUUUAAAAAAAACAAAAAAACAUUUUCUGCUUGUAAAUGAUAAAAGUACUGUGAGCCUUAAUUUUUAUCCACAAAUAAAAGUGACCCAUUUGGA